AUUAGUGGAAUAUGAUCAAUUUAACAUUAUCAUUGUGACAUAUUUUAUAAAAUGUCCCAUAUACAAUAUGUAGAUGAAUUAGUUAGAGAAUAUUUAUUAUUUAGAGGUUUUUCCAAUACAUUAAAAAGUUAUGAUAAUGAACUAAAACAUGAUAAAGAUCGCGGAUUUAGAGUUGAUAAGCUGAUAGAUCAAAUUAUUAGUUAUAUUCACAAUUAUGACUUACAGGGCUUGAGAGACCUAUGGGGUCACUUAGAUAGUUUAUUAUUUUCUAAACUCGAGCAACAUUUUACACCAGCUAUUCGAAAAUUGGAGUUUAGCUUACUAAAAUAUUAUUUAGUAACCGCAGUCACUAACAACAAAAUUGACAAAGUAACAGAAUUUUUUACAAAACUUGCAUCAGAACUGCAAUCUCAAACAGAAUGGAAAGAUUGGUUUGUCUUACCAUAUAUAAAGUCUCCUGAAGACAACCCAACAUUUUCAGUAUAUUUCACAAAACAAUGGCAAGAUACUCUUUUAGUGUCUCUACAUAAUUUAUUAGCCACAGUUUUUCAGUGUAUGCCACAGCCUACAUUGAGCAGCAUUGAUGCAGAAGCUUCUCUAAUUAAAAGACUUCAAGAAGAAAAUAAUCAUCUUCGAAACAGGCUUGCUAGUAUGCAAGCACAACAUUCCAGCCAAAGUCAGCAUAGUCCAAACCAAUUCAAUGAUCCUAAUUUAUAUGAUUUAAAAACCAAAAUCCAGAAGCCUAUAACAAAUUUACAUGAUAUUGUACCAAUAGAAGUACCACCUCCAACGCACUUGGUGGAUGAUUUUUAUAUAAUAGCACAAGAUUCAUCCCAGAGCCUCACUGAAUAUGCUUCUCAUCAAGCGAGAAGUUUAAAAUCUUUAAUAAAGAAUAUUGGAUCUGGUGGCAGUCCUGUAAUGGGGAGGAAGGACACUUCCAGUGAUAGAAAUAAAAAGCGAUCUGGUUCAGUUGGGAGCAGUAGACUUAGUUCUAAUUAUUGA